AUGACGACUACCUUGCCGCGCCCAUCGCGGCCAUCUCUUGGACCUCCCAACAUGGCCCUACCCGCUUUGCCAGUCAGCAAGACUCGCAAGAGCACUGGAGGUAUCCCAAACGCGCCCUCAAUCAAGUCAGCGCCUGGUACCCCUCGGUCGGGCCUGAGAACACCUUCCACAAUGAGCCUUGUUCCCCCUUCACCAGCUCCGAAGGCAGCGCUUCCGCAGCCAAAGCUUGGAGUUCCUACAAAUGGCGCUGGAAAGACCAUCCGAAAAAGUGUGAGCAUCAACUCGUUCCCUCAACCACCGCGGGGUGACACCCGUCCAAGUGGCGUGCCGCCCAGCCCAAGGGGCAGCGAGAAGAGCCGACCUGCCAGGAAAUCAAUGGCCUCCAACAAGGACUCAAUAUACAGCACUUUCGGGUCAAGUACCCCCAGCUUCCUCAACGGAAGCGCCGACGGCAAGUCCAUUACCAGCGUGCGCAUGUCAGAUGGCUUGAUCAGUGUCUCUUCACCACCUCAGAGCCGUAGCUCCUCAGCACAAGACUCGUAUUCCACGUCAGCGACAACCUAUGAUGAUCCAGCCGAGGGGUCCGCCCAGAAAUCCGAUUCGUCUGCCGACAAGUCUGCGUUGAAAGCAGACGGGAAGGGCAACGUGUUGGUCAGUGUCCGUGUCAGACCUGACGCAGGCAACAACAGCGGACACCCAGAGGGCGAAUGGAUGGUGGAUGGACGGAAGUCACUCAUCUCAUACCGAGGCAAAGAUGGUGGUGACCAUUUCUAUGACAAUGUCUUUACGACCCACGAUAAUAACUCCCGGGUGUACGAUCAUAUUGCGAAAAGAUUGGUCCGACGAGUUAUGGAAGGUUAUCACGGGACGGUAUUCGCCUACGGUAUGACCGGUACAGGAAAGACCUUUUCAAUGCAAGGAACAGCCUCGUCACCAGGAGUGAUUCCCCUCGCCAUCACAGACAUCUUCUCCUAUAUCCGAGAGACGCCUUCCCGGGAGUUCCUGCUACGAGUCAGUUACCUCGAAAUUUACAACGAAAAAAUCCACGAUCUUUUGAGUAUGCCUACGGGCAGCGGUGUCGGGGGCAACGCGCAACAGGAUGAAAUCAAACUGCGCGAGGACAGCAAGAGAGGUGUCUAUGCCACGCCACUGAAGGAGGAGAUUGUACAAAGCCCCACCCAACUUUUGCGAGUUAUUGCCCGUGGAGACCAAGCUCGACGAACCGCUAGCACCCAGUUUAACGCCCGCAGUUCACGAAGUCAUGCCGUUGUCCAGAUUGUCGUCGAGAGCCGAGAGCGAAUACCAGGCGGCAACGCUCCCGGUGGGAACAAGCGAUCUGGUCUCCCCCCUGGCGGUGUCCGGGUGUCGACGCUGAGCCUUAUCGAUCUGGCGGGUUCCGAAAAGGCUGCCGAAUCGAAAGAACGCAGACAGGAAGGAGCACAUAUCAACAAGAGUUUGCUCACCUUAGGAACCGUCAUUGCGAAGCUUUCGGAGUGGAAAGAAAAGGAGGCCAAGGGUGGCGAUAAGGAAGGAAAGCAUCUUCCUUACCGUGACAGCAAACUCACACGCCUGCUCCAAGGCGCAUUAUCCGGAAACUCUCUCGUCAGUAUUCUCUGCACCAUUCAGACUGGUGCAGGAGGUAGUGCAGCAUCAGCCAAUAACCACACCCUCGAGACAAUCAACACCCUCAAGUUCGCUUCGAGAGCGAAGAAUAAUAUUGUCAGCCACGCAAAGAGAGCGGAGGAGGCACUUGGGGCCGGUGGUGACGGUGGUGCGCGAGUACUGUUGGAACGAUACCGGAUGGAGAUUCUCGAGCUGAGGCAACAGUUGGAUACUCAGGCUAAGAAAAAGAAGAAAGACACGGUCGAAGAGAACAAGAUCCAGAAUGAGGAGGAAGAGAGAGCCCGGGAAGUGGAAGCCGCAGAGCGUCACGAGGAACAGAUUCUCGAAAUGCAAUUGGCGCGCACAGCACUCAAGGAACGAAUCGAUCACCUGAACCGCCUCAUUCUCAGCUCCAAGUCGAUUGGCGUCAACACAAACGGGUCCAUGAGUUCCCUUGGGCAGUACGCGCGGUUCUCGCAGAUUUCGUUGCCAGCGUCCAUCCGAUCAUCAGUGGCAACCUCGACAGGCGGCAAGUCGAUACUGGAGCGAACGUCGUCAAUGACCUCGGCAUCUUCAACUAUUGGGCGACGGUCUAGCGGUGGAAACCAAAGGGCCACCGAUGAUUCGGGCGAAGCAGACGAGGAUAGCGUCGGCGAAUUCGGAGACGGGACAGCCUCUCUAACGGCGCAGAACCGUGCUCUGCAAUCGGAUCUUGCUGAUAAGAAUCGAUACAUCGCUACGUUGGAGAAGCGGUUGCUACAAGCCCGUCGGGCCAGCUCCUCACGCGCCUCCGUAGGGUUUGCAGCACCCAACAAGGCCAUUAUGGUUGGAGAGGAUCACAGUGUAUCUGCAGCACUCCGAGACAAGGACAACGAAAUCGCCGAUUUGCGAGCGAGACUGGAUGACAAGGACCGGAUGUUGGCUGCUCUGCGUACUGCUGCCCGGUCGCGGGAUACGGCCGAAGCUUCGGCUGAGCCCCGGUCGCCGUUGUCGCAGGAGAGUCAUUCCUCAUUGCCAGGUAGCCCUCUGGUACCAGAAGCCGACAAGAAGCGGGCCCGAGGAGUCGACGAGAUGAACAAGAUGCUAGAUGAGAUGCUCCAAGAUAGAGUGGAGACUGGACAUGCGGUUCGGGGCAUGCGGGGAAGUGUGCGAGUAGCCAAUGGACAGAAAAUGGAUUCUUUAGCAGAGCCCAUUCAAACCAUGGAACCGCUACGCCAGAGCCCGACACCAGGACCUGCGGAUGAACCGAGGACUGUCCCAUUAGAUGGAUAG